CAUUGCCCAAGGGCUUAAUGAUCACAUGACAUGGACCCCCAGUAAUUUAAGGUGGCCAAUGAACAGAUCUAGUAGGUACCCAGGCAGUACUGGAAUGGGCAUUGGGCAGAUUACAUGGGUACCCAGGCAGUACUGGAAUGGACAAUGGGCAGAUUACAUGGGUACCCAGGCAGUUCUGGAAUGCACAAUGGGCAGAUUACAUGGGUACCCAGGCAGUACUGGAAUGGACAAUGGGCAGAUUACAUGGGUACCCAGGCAGUACUGGAAUGGGCAGAUUACAUGGGUACCCAGGCAGUACUGGAAUGGGCAUUGGGCAGAUUACAUGGGUACCCAGGCAGUUCUGGAAUGGACAAUGGGCAGAUUACAUGGGUACCCAGGCAGUACUGGAAUGGACAAUGGGCAGAUUACAUGGGUACCCAGGCAGUUCUGGAAUGGGCAGAUUACAUGGGUACCCAGGCAGUACUGGAAUGGGCAGAUUACAUGGGUACCCAGGCAGUACUGGAAUGGGCAGAUUACAUGGGUACCCAGGCAGUACUGGAAUGGACAAUGUGCAGAUUACAUGGGUACCCAGGCAGUACUGGAAUGGGCAGAUUACAUGGGUACCCAGGCAGUACUGGAAUGCACAAUGAGCAGAUUACAUGGGUACCCAGGCAGUACUGGGAUGGGCAGAUUACAUGGGUACCCAGGCAGUACUGGAAUGGACAAUGGGCAGAUUACAUGGGUACCCAGGCAGUACUGGAAUGCACAAUGGGCAGAUUACAUGGGUACCCAGGCAGUACUGGAAUGCACAAUGGGCAGAUUACAUGGGUACCCAGGCAGUACUGGAAUGCACAAUGGGCAGAUUACAUGGGUACCCAGGCAGUACUGGAAUGCACAAUGGGCAGAUUACAUGGGUACCCAGGCAGUACUGGGAUGGGCAGAUUACAUGGGUACCCAGGCAGUACUGGGAUGGGCAGAUUACAUGGGUACCCAGGCAGUACUGGGAUGGGCAGAUUACAUAGGUACCCAGGCAGUACUGGAAUGCACAAUGAGCAGAUUACAUGGGUACCCAGGCAGCAUGCAUCUGGCCAAUAGCCACAUACACAGCCAAUAUCAACAUCAGUAUAUUGUAGGGAUGCACUGAAUCCAGGAUUUGGCCAAGACACACAUGUGGGAGAGGUACAAGGCAUAGGGCAGUGCCACGUAAGCACUAUGGGCAAUGGAAGCUCCUAGGGAGAGUAGUGUGGGGCGGGAUGCAAGUAGUUAGCUCUAAUAGCCGGAAUACUGGGGAAUAAAUUGGGGGGAAGGAAACUCCAGGCCUAUGUAAUAUGCAUGCAUGUAGGUAUGUAGGGACUGAGCAUCACGUGUGCCAGGCAAUUUCUGGGAGCCAUAAUGCUUGUGUGUAGUGCCAGCCGGGUAUGGGGGCACACAGAUUGGGGGUACACUCAUUCGCACACUAUGGAAUGGCCCCCUUGUGCUCUUACUAAUGUGGGGCUG